AGGGGUUACCAGUUCGGCCGCUUAGGAGCGCGACUGGCAAGCUCAGCCUACACCCAGCCCCGCCCCGUCAGCCUGGGCUACGCCCCUACCCAGGACCUAUGGAACCUCAGGCGCCAGACCUCAGACCCGCGCCACCUUGGGUCAGGCCAGGGCUGCCCACGCGCCCUUAGCCUUCAGCUCCGCUCCAGCAGCCUGGCCAAAGGUCCUUAUCCUGUGAAGCCCCGCUCCCCUACCCCACAUCAACAAAGUCUGAGGGCAGGCGUUGGACCUCUUCUAAAACAUUACAUCAGUCUUCAGACAAUACCUGGCUGUCCUUAGUGACAAGAUGGAUGACAACAGAACCACUGUGACCUCUGGGAGAGCUUCUGGAAUGACUGUCCCAGACCCCCUUUCACACUAAAGUCAAAUAGAAAAUGCUUAGCUAUCUGCCCUUACAGUUUGGUCCUCCUUGGACUCACCUGCUGCUCUCUUGCAGUCUACCAAUAAACUCUUUAAAUUUUCUGUAUUCCUUAGCUAUCAGCACAUUCCUUUGUGACUGUUACCACUGGCCUUUCAUGUAGGGUGCCUCACAUGGCAGUUGACGAAAGCAUUCCUUCAAGAGAGGGAGUGACCUGGCAUUCAGAUUAGGACACACUGAGUUGGAUUGGAGGAAAAGGAAAACAAAAAAAACUUUAUUAUGUGGCCCACCAUGCCUAACUUUCUGUUUGUUUUGGUAUUCUCUGGGUUGAACACAAAUUUGAGAUAUUCCUGCCUCAGCCUCCAGAGUGUUGACAGUCUGCAGAAUAGUGGCUGUGUGCCACUAACAAUGUUAGUUAUCUAAGUUACCUACACCAGCCAGUAAUGUCCUUGGUUAUACCUCCCACCUGCACUGGAACUCUCUUGAUCUGAACUUAUCUCCAAAAGCAACCAGGUCCUCCCAGCCUGAACCAUAGUGCAGCCAUCUUGGGCUUCAGCUUUUCCUACACUGUGAAUGGACAGAGGGGGUCUGUCCAAGGUUCGGCUGUUAUAAAUUGUGCUGCUAUAAACGUGAGUAUGUAUGGAUCACUGUAAUAUAAUAUCUUCAACCCUUCUGGGAAGAUAUCUAGGAGAAGGGCUGGGUCAAAUGAAAUUUCUAGGUUUAGGUUUUUGAGGAAGAUCCAUUACAUUUUUAAAUGAUUGGAAAAAACUCUAAUUCUUUUGAAUUAAAUGUUCCUUGUAUGCAGCAUAUUGCUGGCUUUUGCUUCUUGAGCCACUGCCAGUCUGUUUCUUUUGGUUGAAAACUGAGACUAUUACCACUGAUGAUGCUAGUUAUGUAUUGACAUCCCUGUCAUGUUAUUUCCCUUUAUGUAUUAACUUCCUACCCUUUUUCCUCUCUGUUUGUCUUGCCUGCUGGGUUGAUUCUAUUGGGGUUCAUGGAGCUGUAGUUCUUGUUAUCACUUUCUAGAAUGUUCUUCAGACCACUUUGGAGUGCUGGCUAGGUGAUUAUGAAUUUCCUCAGGUGUUUUUUUUUUUUUUUUUUGCCAUGGAAGUACCUUAUUUCUCCGUGGAUUUUGAAGGAUAGUUUUGUGGGGUACAUCAAUCUUGGUUAGAGGUCGUUUUCUUUUAGAGCUUGAAGUACUUUACUCCAAGCUCUCCUUGACUUGAGAGUUUGUGUGGAGAAGUCAGCUGUGAUUCUGAUGGGCUUUCCUUUAUAGGUGAUUUAUUUCUUUUCUAUAAGUUUUUACUGUUCUGCUCUUCUAUUGAAUUUCUGGAAUCUUGACUAUUAAUAUGCCUUGCUGUAGAUUUUAUGGUUUUUAAAAAGUCUGAAAUUUAUAUUUUAAUGCCCUAAGUAAAAUUUAUCAGAACACAGCCAUAACUAUUUGUUCACCUAAUUACAUUUGAACUACAACAGCAAACCCUCGUACAGUAGUUGCCAUGGUGAUGUCAUGGUCCACAAAAACUUAAACCUAACUAGCCUUUGACAGAAACAAUUUGCUUACCUCUGACUCAGUGGGAUGUUCAGAGACUUGACUAACUGAUUGAUUGAAACAAGGUCUCAUUAUGUAGUUCAGGCUGGAAUUAUAGAUUGGUGCCCACAUGCCUGGCCAGAGACUGUUAUUAUCUUUUUUUCAGAGACUGUUUUAAAAAAUAUACAUGGUCUGUAACCUUGGCACUUGGGAGCUGAGCAGAGGAUGGAAAGUUCAAGGUCAGCCAGGGCAGUAUAGCAAGAUCCUGGCUCAGUAGGGUUUAAAAAAGAAAAAGGCUAAGGAUGUAGCUCAGUAUGAAGACCCUGAACUCAAGCCCCAUUACCACACAAACAAAAAAGUUAUAGCUCAGUGCCAAUACAAAAAUAAUCUUCUGGUCGUAGCGGUGCACACCUGUAAUAUCAGCACUUGGGAGGCUGAGGCAGGAGGAUCACUGCAAGUUUGAGGCCAGUCUGGACUACACAGCAAGACCCUCUUUCAAAUAAAAUGAAAAAAAAAAAAAACUAGCUGGAUAUUGUAGCACACACCUGUAAUCCCCUGUAACCCCAGCACCUGGGAGACUAAAGCAGGAGGAUCGCCAUGAGUUUGAGGCCAGCCUGGGCUCAUAGCAAGUCCAAGGCCAGCCUGGAUUGCACAGCAAGACUCCAUCUCAAAAAAAAAAAAAAAAAAAAAAAAUAGAGGGGGGCCAGGGAUAUAGCUUAGUGGCAUAGUGCCUGCCUGGCAAGCAUGAGGUUCUGAGUUGAUUCCCAGUACAAAAAGAAAAGAAAGAAAAAAGAACCCCCCCCAAAAGAUAACCCAAGCAAUACAUGAAUCUGUUCUUAUAAGUAAAAAGAUUUACAGCCAGGCAUGGGAGCAUAUGCUUAUAAUUCCAGCAUUUAGGAGGCUGAGGCAAGGGGAUCACAACUUCAAGCUCAGCUUGGGCAACUUAGCAAUUCAGGGGAGACUCUGUUUUCAAAUAAAAAAAAUAAAGAAGAGCUGGGGAUCUUUUGCUACAAAAAAAAAAAAAAAAGAAAAAAAAAAAAAAAAGACACAUACCUGUAAUCCUAGCACUUGAGAAGCUGAGGCAGGAGGUUUGCUGCAAGUUCAAGACCAGCCUGAGCUAAAAAGUGAACUCAAAGCCAGCCUGAACUGCAUAGCGAAAUCUUGUCUCAAACACAAACACACACACACACACACACACACACACACACAAAGGAAGAAAUGUCUGAACAUAGGAUAAAUAUUAUCUAAGAUUUAUGAACUCAUCAGCAAGGUUAUUUAUUACCUCAAUAAAGUAAUAAAGCACCUUGAGAGGCUGGACAUAGGUAGCCAUUAAAAGGAGAAUAUUAGCACAUGAUUACUGGGUUAGAUACAAAACUGUGCAGUGAUUGAUUUGCUGGAUGUGGUGGCAUACACAUGUAAUCUUAGCACUAGUGAGGCUCAGCCAGAAAUAUUUGAGGCCAAUUGGACUAUAUAGUGAAAUCCUGGUCAUUUAAGCACAGCUUGGGCAACUUAGCAAUUCAAGGGAGACCCUGUUUCAAAGAAGAAAACCAAAACCAAAACAACAAAAAGCAACUAGUUGAUUUCCUACAGGACAAUAAAAAUUAUAACCUUUUAUACUACUUUCUCUACUGGAUAUAAAUGUUUUUAUAUCUACUGAGCAAUAUCUGCUUGUAAUCUUAGAAUUUGAACCAUUAAUGGAGAAUACCAGUAUCAAACAACUAUAUAUCAGUAACCUUUAAAUGGAUUCGUGAAACAGCAUUUCACCCCACUUUAGCCUUUAUUUAUUUAUUUUUGGUACUGGGCAUCAAACUCAUGACCUCGUGCUUGCUAGGCAGGCGCUUAUGCUGCUGAGCUAAAUCCCCGACCCUCUUAUUUUUAACACAAGGUCUUGUUAAAUCCCUAUCUGAAUUUCAGGUUGGACUGAAAUUCAGUCCUCCUGCCUUGAUCUCCCAGAGUUCUGGAUUACAGGCAUGCACCACAAUGUAUAGCUGAGACAAGAAUUUCGAGGUAUAGGGCCCAGGCCCAAGCAUGGUGGCCCAUGCUUAUAAUCCCAGCACUUGGGAGCCUGAGGCAAGAGGAUGGCUGUGAGUUGGAGGCCAGCCUGGGCUACAUAGUAUGGGACACUGAGGUCCUGUUUUUUUUAAUCAAAGGACAUAAACAGUAGCACCUCCAUCUUAAACUUAUUUCUCCCUGAGCUGCCUACCUCCACCCCUUGCACCAGAGUUAAGAGUUGUUAAUGGUUACAAUAGACAUCAGAGGCAAGGACUCUGGGAAUACCUUAUGCCAACGCCUUCCAGUUCUGCUAUCCCCAAACCUCCUUAGCCACCCUGCUUAGCAACCCUCCCACCCCCUAGGAUAAGUGAACCUUUGCGCCAGCUAAUGAGGGGAAGGCAGCUGUGGGAGACAACUCCAGUGACUCCUUUUGAAUACAAAAUAAUUACUGUGACUUUGAUAACUUGGAGACUCAUUUCUUUAUACUGAUAUAUAAAAAGCUGGCUAGGGUAUUUCCUUUUCUCGUCAAUUUGGCUCUAAGCAUAAGCAUUGGCUCUAGACAUAAUAAAGCUAGUCCAGGUGCUGAUAUGCAACCUCUAUAGCCAACACAUAGUCCUGUUUCCUCUCAUAGUGUUCUAGUACAAUACAGAUAUGAGCACGAAAGAUGUUAAAGCAAAUAGCUCAGCAAUGUCAAGAUAAGACUAAGACUCCCCAGGACAGAGUUUGCAUAUCAGAAACUGGCUUAUGUAAAUUGAUCCUCCUGCAUAUCUUUCUGUCUCCAAUUCACAGAGAUGCCAAUCUUGCACCUGGCCAGCCAGCUCAAGUUCCCGCCACCCCUCUUCUUCACAAGAUAAUAAAUUCUGGGAGAGGCCUAGGAUCAGGGCCUUUGCCUGCAUAUCCUCAUGGGAUUGGAUUUAGGACCCCUUGGUUGCCCUUAACUAGGAAUAUGUCUUGGUGUCUUUACUCUUGCUGUGGUUUGCAUUGGAGGUGGUAGACUGGAAUUAACUUGCUGGGAUUCCAAUGACAUCUCAGUGGGAUUACAAAUACAACCUUUUAGAUUGUGAGGAAAAAUGGAAAAGGGAUUACUGUACUUGGAUAACUGAAACUCGAUAUUUGGGUUUACAAUAGCAGUUACCAGCCCAGAAGUUAGGGUGUGUAAGGAGCUUGCCGCUGCCACUGGGUGUGCAUGGUACCUUACUGGCCUGGUGCCUCACCCUUCCACAGAAGCAGACUUGCCUUGUCAAGAUUUCUUGGUGAGUGAGUGCUUUAUUUCCGCACCAACAAACUGAGUGUGGGGCUUACUGCCAACAAAAGUUAAGGCUGUGGAGAAUGCCCUGUCCCCCAUCUUAGUUCUGCCCCAGCUGUGGUGGAGCCCACUUGGAACCUGGGGUCCAGGUUCCUCACUAGGGAAGCCCCCCAGGUGCACAUCCCAGUCUUUAUCUCAAACCCUGCACCCUGUAUCUCUAUCAGUGAGUGUGCCCACACUCUCUGUGGGACCAUGGGAUGAGGAGUGACACUGUCCCUGCAUCUGCACUCAUACUCCCACUGCUCAGCACCUUCUGCCUAGGGCCCCCCCAAUUCUAAGCACCCCAGCCACCUGUCAAACACUCUUGUCUUGGCUGGAAUUCACCUGGGUUCUAGAGCCUCACCCCUCAGUGUCCUCUUGGUUCUGGAAUCACACUGCUGUUCCAGAUGGGGUGAUGUGGAUCCAGGGGGCUCUGCUGCUGCCCUGGCCAGUCUCCCCGUCGCUCCAGGGCUUGGGUCUGACGAGGGGCCCCCGCCGCGCUCAGGAUGCGGUGGCGGGACCGUGUGGCCGUGCUCUUCUUCCCGCAAGGCAUGAUGCUCACCAUGGCUGCCCUCCUGCUUUUCUUCAUACACCUGGGCAUCUUGGUCAGUGACCUGUACAACUUCUACAUCACCUACGAGUACGACCGCAUGAGCUUCGACUACACGACUAUUGUGAUGUUCUCCCAGGUGGUGAGCGUCUGCUGGGCUGCCAUGGGGUCGGUGUACGCCGAGAUGACAGAAGACAAGUAUUUCCAGUGCUUUGCCCUAACCACCUUGGUACUCAAUGCGGUCAUGUUCUUCAACCGCUUGUCUCUGGAGUUUCUGACCAUUCAGCACCGAGAGGAAAGCCACUGA